AUGCAAAUUCUGCUGCUGCUGCAGUGGAGGCCCAACACCCGCAGCUGCCCCAAAGUCAAGCACCUGCAUAGACACCCCACACACAACAAAACACAUGCAGCAGCAGCAGCAGCAGCAGCAGCAGCAGCAGCGGCAGCAGCGGCAGCAGCAGCAGAAGCGGCAGCGGCUGAGAAGCAAGAGGAGCAGCAGCAGGAGCAACAGGAGAAACAGCAGCAGCAGCAGCAGCAGCAGCAGGAGAUUUAG